UGGCGCUUGGUAUGAACUAUGAUGGCGUCUCCGUCUCCGCAUGGCUUGGUUGGCGUUGGCAUGGUCUGCCGUCUGCCCUGCUCCCCACCGUGCUUCCUCAACGCUCUUCGGUUCGGUCGCCUCGCAAGCAACGAGGGGACGCAUAACCACUCGCGUUCUCGAAACGUUCACGUUGAGUUCGUGCUUCAUGUAGCCGAGCAGCUUCAGUUCUUCGUUUUCUCGCAGUAAUUGGCGUCAGGUCGUCAGGUCCUACUUCUUUGAACAGAAGGUGAUGCCCUACGGAAAUUACUGCUGCGUGCUCUGGUGCGCCAACAAUGGAAAGACGAAUAAAAAGCCAGGUGUUAAGUUUUUCCGGAUUCCACGUGAUUCAAGGUCGAAGACAUGGGUACGGUAUUCUGAACGCCCUGAGCUCGCAGGAAAGACCGCAACACAGCUCAAUGUGGGCUACCGCAUGUGUAGUGAACACUUCACUACAAAGGACUUUAUGGAUCCUGGACAGACGAGGCUCACCAAAACUGCUGUCCCUACUGUUCGACCGCAAACAAGUAGGCUCUCUGCAAUAACAGAAGCACCGGUAGCCACAAGAAGCCUUUGCGACAUGGAGGGCAGCAUCACAUCACCUUCUACUGCUGCUCAUGUACCGGUAGCCACAACAAGCCUUUGCGGUGUGGAGGGCAGCAUCACAUCGCCUUCCACUGCUGCUCAUGUACCGGUAGCCACAACAAGCCUUUGCGACGCGGAUCACAGCAUCACGUCGCCUUCCACUGCUGCUCAUGAACAAAUGCCAGUGUCCAGCUCUCCUGAUGAGCUCUUUGACCACAGCGCUCCAUCCACUCCAUCUUCGUCUGGUAGCCGUUCUGAGUUACCUGGCGCCUGCUCUGGCCGUUCAACACCUAGUUCCACCAAGUGCACAAGACGACUCAGGGACAUCAUAAAGCACCUUCGAGCCAAGGUUUCUAGCUACAGGAAGACUAUUGCAAGGCUGCGGAAGGAACAGAAGCAGAUGCCUCGAUCUGUUUUAGAAGCUCUCGAAAUGGUGCGUCCUUUUGUGAGUGAACAGGUGUUUGAACUGAUCUCGUCACAGGCAAAAUUAAGGUGCAAAGGACGGCAAAAGCGGUUCCCACUGUGGCUUAAGAAGUUUGCCUAGCACCUAAAUUUUCAUGGUCCCCAGGCGUACCGUUUCUUGUCGUCACAUUAAGCGCUUCCCACACAGCGUUCUUUGCGAAGGUGGCUGUCUACGUAAAAAUGACUCCAGGUAUCAUACCUGGUGUCGUGGCCUCCAUCAAAUCCCAAACGCAGUCUUGCAGCGCUCGGGAUCGUGUGUGUACUUUGAUGUUUGACGAGAUAGUGCUCAAAAAGGACUUAUGAUGUCACACACAAUAUUGUUCAUGGAUUUACCGACGACGGUGCAGAACAAACUUCCACCAUUACAGACAGAGCCCUGGUUGUUCUGCUCUCUGGAAUUUCUAAAAAGUGGGUGCAGCUUCUUGCAUAUACUAUUGGGCACGCAUCAACACCGUCCUCUGUCAUCCGCAAUCUCCUCAUUUCACUGAUCCAGGAACUUAAAGCUGUUGGAUUCACAGUAAAGGCUGUCGUGUGCGAUCAGGGAUCGUCCAUCGUAUGCUUGGCCAACCAGCUAGGUAUGUCUGUUCAAAAGCCAUUUUUUGAAGUUGAAAAUGAACGCGUUUAUUUCAUCUUCGACGUUCCACACCUCAUCAAGACAACUAGGAAUAACCUUCAAGCGCACAAGCUUUGCAUUGGAAGUGAGGUCGUUGACUGGACGUAUAUUGUUCAACUUUAUCGUUCAAACCACGAGAUGAGACUGCGUUUGGCUCCAAAACUGACUGAGCGACAUAUAUUCCAGAAACCUUUCAGCAAUAUGAAAAUUAAGCGUGCCACACAAGUCUUGAGCGAAUCAGUGUGUUUAGCAAUUCUAUCCCUUGUCUAUUCCAAGGAGCUUCCUGCGGCAGCCAUGGCUACAGCAUACUUUUGCGAUCGAAUGGACAAACUGUUUGAUUGCCUAAAUAGCUCAAAACUCAAAAAGACUGGGCAGAAGUUGCUCUAUGGCAUUCUGAAAGGUGAAUCGGAGCUGGUUGAUUUCCUUCACCAGCAGCUUUUGUGGAUGGCAACAUGGAAGUUUCAGGGUAGGAGCCAACCCCAAACUGUGACUGGGUGGCAAAUUACUAUAAAGGGUAUCCUAAUGUUCUGGGAGACCUUUCAACCAACCACGACUUUCAGUUUUUGCUUACACGACGACUGCAGCAAGAUGCACUCGAGAACAUGUUCGGAACAAUCGGACAAAAACAGGGAUGCAACACAGAUCCCAAUGUAUACCAGUUCACCUUAGGUCUGAAGCAUGUAGAGAUAAAAAAACUCUUUAAACUCUCAAACAGCGGAAACGUUGAGGAUGACGAGGCUCUUUCAACUCUCGAACAGUGGAAACGUUGAGGAUGACAAGGCUGGCCUCCUUCACAAAAUGUCAAUAUUUUCGCUCCAUGAAAGUUCAAUUGCCGACCGCGUAGAAUGUCCUCAAGUUGAGAACUUCCCUCCUCUAGAAGACAUUUCUGAGCUGGCAUCAGAUAUAAAGUCAAACAUUAUUGACGAUUCUGCCACUUAUUACGUUGGAGGCUAUCUCAUUAAACUUUUCCUUGAAAAGACGACACAGAGCUGUGUUUGUUACCGGCUACUCAAGGACGAGUCUGGUAACCUGGCCAGGUCCCACCAAUAUUUUCUGAUGCUUAAAGCAUAUCAUGUGCCUGGUAAACUCUGGAAACCUAGUUGUACCAUCAGAGGCUGCUUUUAAUUUCAUUCAGCAGCUAGAGCAUCACUUUCUUGCCAUAAUAAAGCGUAUGGCUCAUGUUCGGGGAGUGUGUGCUGCCUUGUUUCACACACUUUCAGGUGUGGGUGCUUUUCACCUUUGCUUCGAGGAAUGCCACCACAGGUUUCUGGAUAUGUUUUGUAGGAUACGCUUGUGUUGGCACGUCCAUUCUAUUAACCCCAACAUGGACAAAGUUUGGUUGCAUUGUUCAGUGGCGGGUAGGCAACUGGACAAGCUCAACGGCUAAUUCUAAAUAUUUUUUGGACAGAAGUGGUUUUCUGAUUAACUGCAAGUAGUGCUUAUUAUUUGGGUAGCAAAGCUUGCUCUUCAAAUGUUUGUCUCACUUCGUGCAUAUUGUGUUUCAGUGAAGGCACUCAAAAAUCCCUAGAAAUAUGCUUUUCGAAAUAAAAGAAACUAUUUGCGGGCACAAACUAGCAGCCUUGCUGGACGUCGGGAAUCGCAUAAAACAUACCAAUUAGUUAUAAUUAGCACAAAUUUACUAAUUCUUUCGAAAUACUGGUUUUAUUACCCAUGAUGCACUUGCAAAUUUCAAGACACCCACAGGUAAAGCAAGAUUAAUUUACAGAACUGAAAAAGAUCCAGCCGGCUUGGAGAUAUUCAUAGACAAAUUUUGGCCUAUCUCCAUAAGGAUAUCGAAAUUCUACGCAAACAGGGCCCACGUUUAGAAUUUGUGUCAAGAACGGCCAUAAUUUAUCAAUCUUUUUAAAUUCUGUAAAUUGAUUUCUUUCUUUCCGGUGGGUGUCUUCAAAAUUGGUAGUGCAACAUGGGUCAGAAAACCAGUAUUUAAAAAGUUAACUAGAUGGGUAAUUAGUGUUUUUUUCUGCAAUCCCAGACGUCCACCGAGGCUGGGAGUUUGUUCCUGCAAAAAGUUUUUUAUUUAUCUCGAACAGGAAAUCUUUAGAAAUUUUCGUCAGUCUUUGCUGAAACACCCGGUAUAAGAUCAAGAUCUUUACGUGUCAAGCAGCCUUUUACAUUUGCAUGUGUGAACUUUGUGUCGAAUAUUUAUUGAUAUCUUUAUUCACAUAUCUGGGGCAUUUUGCACAGCUCCAGUCAGAGAUUAAGGUGUGUGCCUUAUAUGAAAAAGCAUGGCACGUGCAGCAUAUGCCUUUCUGUGAUUUUGUGUUUGUUUUGAUUUUCAUGAUCAAGGAUAUUGUGUUAAGCUUGUCCUGGCUUUCGGUUUUUGUUGUGCCUGCUUGUAGAUGUUGCACUUGUAAAGCAACAUUUUUUUCUAGGUCCUGAGAUCCAUUUUGCAGCGUGUCAGUCUUCAUUCUUCUCACAUUCCGAAAGAUGUGCUCAUUGUUCGGCCAUGUCUCGCCCGAUGCAAGUUUUAGGCUAUGUGAAUUGGUGUUUUGAAUCGCAUACAAAUUUGUUUCUUGCUGUAUGUAGUGUGUGUGGUGUUCUGUUCUGAUUGGUAAUGAUAAACGCACUCUAUUUAUCGAUACACUUGCUUUUCAUAUGUAAGCCGUCGUGAUGGGAAAAGUAAUUGCUCACUCUGUUCACUUCCAAAACUGUUUGGUACGGUUUGGUUAAAAAUCAUUAUGUAAAUUUUUCUAUUUGCAAGAAUACCUUAUAUUUCUUUUAUAUUUGAUUGUAAUAAUAAGAGUAGUAGUUUCUUGCAGAACAUAACGUGCUUCCUAUCUUAUUUGCUUGUUCAGAUGUGUUCAUGAAUGUGGUCGAAAUAAAGAGAUUUUGAACCAAA